AUAAUUUUUUGUAUAUAAGGUAAGAACGUUUAUAUAUAUUUACAAACGUCUAGUAACAUUUUAUCAUUAAUCAUGACUGAUGAGAAAGAAAAAGUAAAAGUUAGCCAAAGAUUUUUCUGGUUAGCAAAUACAAUUUUUCAUCAAGUAGUGACAGUUACAGUAGCUUUUAUAGCUUACGUUUUUGUCAAGAACUACGAUGUUUCAAGUAGAGCGUUUAUUCAUUUUUUUGUUACAACUUUUGCAUACAUUCCAUUGAUGGCUGAAGGUUUCAUUUUAUUUAACGAAUCAAACACUUGGAGUUUACAAGUUAAAAGAAGUUUGAAAGGUUGGGUGCAUGGAGCACUACUAACCAUUAGUCUCAUCUGCGUUUCUAUUGGUAUUGGAGUUGAAAUUCACUACAAAAAUAAAAGUAUCCACCCCGUGCACUUCAAAAGUAAUCACGGUAAAUUAGGUUUCAUAUCGUGGAUUCUGUGUUUUUGUCUGGCGUUAACAGGAAUUAUUACCCUCUAUUCCUCAAAAUUGAAGAUAAUAAUACGACCAGUAACUUUAAAAAGCAUACAUUUAUGUUUAGGACUUGCAUGUUUCGCCAUCGGAGUAGGUUCUCUAAUUUUAGGUCUUAAUUAUUCUCAUUUUAGGGUAACACAUAAUGAAUUAUUAGUAACAAAGACCUUGAUCUCCAUCAUUACAAUAUGGAGUUCAUUAGGUGCUAUAAUGUCUCUUUUCAAUAAUUUAAAAAGUAUGUUUACUUAAGCAAAAUAUUGUGGUUUGAUGAAAAAUUCAAAUUUUCAAAAAUACUACUAUUAAUGUAUAAAAUUCGAUAGAGAAAACAAAAAAUAUUGAUUAAAAAACUUACGUAGAGAUCACAAUGUCUAUACAUGUUUUACUAGUUUUUAUUAAACUCCCUGUAAAAACUUUUUUGAAACGUAAACAGUAACAAUCGUUUUCAUUCAAUAAUAAGGAAGAAUUUUUAUCAUAGGACCUAUCAUAAUUAAAAAAAAAUUAGAAAUCGAACAAUAGAUUUAUAAAAAUUAAAUCAAUAAGAAAUACGUAGUUAGAGCAGGUCAGGUCUACAAAAUUUUUUAUCCUGGCGAUAAAAAAUAUGGAAAAUCACUUGCCGGACUCGUGUUGGUUUGAAUAAAUAAUAGUUUUAGUCACAUUAAUAUUUCGAAUUCGAAUUCAUACCACCUUUGCCAUUUUCAUUCUUAUAAUUUCAAAAAUAUGCAGAACCAUAUUUAUUUUGGGGAGCACAGUUUUUAGGCUGGAGGGGGAAGGACACGACCCUUAAAAAUUGUUUGCUUAAUAUUUCUUUCUAAUACUUUUCAAGUGCUUACAAGUACUGAAGAACCCAGUGUUUACAGAGGAUCUGUUAAUCCUACUCCUCCUAGAAAGUUCAGAAUGUGAUAUGGCAGAUCUUCGUCUUCUGUUCACUUUUCACACUUCGAGAGAAUGAGGUGAUGUCCUCUGCGCAACAGAAUCUGCUCACUGCACGUAUUACCUGCCAAGUCUAGCGUCUUAAGAUGUCCAUUGUGGCGACAGUGCCCCGAUAGGACUCCCGAGACUGUUAGUAUUCGUAGGUUGUUAUUGCCUAGGUUGAUACAUUCAGUAUAAUUUCUCUGCUUAUAACUUUCCAGAAGUGUUUUUGCCUACCUCAUCCCCUGUAGGUUUCCCAGUAACUGGUUUUACUCCUAUCUACCUUUUUUCCAAUGCUUUCUCUAUUCUUUUGUAGCUGAGGGUUCAGGUCCUAUGGAUAGUUGGUCUGAUCUUUAGCUGAUCUGUCAGCUAUUUCUUAUUCAUUACAUGGUAGCUUUAAUUUUUCUUGCCUAGCUCGUUGAAUUCAACUAGGCAUUCCCAAACUAGUUUGGAUUUUAUCAUACAUAUUUUUUAAUUGCAUGAAUUUCUACUUGAAAAAUACUUGGUGUGUUGUCCAGGCUUUCAGAGUGAUUAGUUCUGGGCCCGUACACUCCUAUUCCAGUUAUGUGUGCUGCUUUAGAGUCUAUGUACCAUUUGAUGAUAUUGCUGUUCAUUUGUCGUUUGGUGUUUCGAUCCCAUUUAUACUGCUACUGAUUAGUAUUCAUUCAUUCAUUCUGAGUGAUGUUAUUUCUGCUAGACUUUCCAGUACAAUGUGCAAGCCAGUAUUUAGACUGAUUCUAGUGCCCCAAACCACUGCCCCCUUAUGUCUUUUUUGAUCUUACAAUUGCCUUGAACAUCCACAGUAGAAUCGUUGGGUUACAACUCCAAAUUCUCCCUGUAAAGUUUCUGUACACCAUCAGAUUUUUUUUUAUCUAACACUUGGUAACAGUUUUCACCAUAUUACUCGUGAACUACUACAAAAAAGGGUAAAGUUUUUGGUACGAAAAGCAACCUCUUUUUGGUUAAUAUUUGUGCGAAAUAUAGAGGAUAAUUCGUUUUCUAGUUGUUACUUUGUCAUAGAUAUUUCCUUUGUGAAAAUUACAAAGUAGAUUAUGAAUUCAUAUAUUGAUUGUAAGAACGAUUUGAAUCUCAAUUAGUAAUAAUUAAAGUUGUUAUUUAUGAAUAAACUUUUUUCAAAAUAUA